AUGCUCGUCAAAUCUGUCAUACUAACCAGCUUGGCCGGCUUGGCCGUCUCCUUGGCCCGCCCACAAACACCCAGACUCACAUGCGGCACUGAAGCACCAACAAACGAGUUCCUCGAACAAUCCAGCUUCUUUCGAGCCGCAGAACAAGGUCUGACCUCACAAGGCCAAAUGAGCAUGGGAGCUAUCAACGUUACAGUAUACUACCACGUUAUCUCGAGGGACAAAACCAGACCAGGAGGCUACGUCCCCCUAGGAGCCGUCUACGACCAGCACAAAGUCCUCAACCAGGCAUUCAGCGGCACGGGCAUCUAUUUCAGCAGAAGGAGGAUCAAGUAUACCAUCAACAAAGACUGGGCAAAUGGCAAAGACCUAGAGGUGAUGAAGAAAACGCUCCGACAGGGACGGUACCGAGACCUCAACGUAUACAUCACCCCGGCACCUACCAGCGACCCCUUUGUGGUCGGCGUUUGCACAUUCCCAGAAUACGGACCGGUGGGCAGCCCUCGAUUUAACCAAGAUGGCUGCUCUGUACACUAUAGCGCACUGCCCGGGGGCAACCUGACAGGCUAUGGCCUGGGGAUGACUGCUGUCCACGAGGUUGGCCACUGGUUUGGUCUGCUGCACACCUUUCAAGGCGGCUGCUGGGACGCAAAUGAUCUUGUGGAUGACACUCCUGCUCAGUCGGAACCGACUACAGGCUGUCCCAAGGUGGCUCCGGACAGUUGUGUCGGAGACGAGUGGCCCGGCCUGGAUCCUAUCAAUAACUUUAUGGACUAUAGCACGGAUGUCUGCAGGAAUUCUUUUACUGUUGGCCAGAUCAACCGCAUGAAGAGCUUCUGGAACCUUUGGCGAAAGGACAUGUAA